UUUCUGUUUCUGCUUUAGACGUAACAAAUGCCUAUUGGCUAAGAGUGGGGCAGGAAACCAAAGACGGACGUCUGUAUAGUUUCUCGCGAUAUUGUGCGCGCACAGUGACAGAGCAUAGAAUAAGAUGGAGGUGCCGGGGGCAGAGACUCAGACCAGUGUUAAUGGCACAGUUGGAAGUGAAGCAGCUGUUCCCCCUGAGCAACCAAAUCAACAACAGCAGCAACCACCUCCUCCAAAUGCAUGGCAAGUUAUUAAAGGAGUCCUAUUUAGGAUUUUUGUUAUAUGGGCCAUCAGCAGUUGGUUUCGCAGAGGCUCAGCACCACAGGACCAAGCAACACCCACUGGAGCACCCCGGCCACCCAGCCGGAAUCUUUUUUCCAAAGACACCUUAAUGGAUCUUCAUGUUUAUCUCUCUGAGAAAGAAUCCUUCACCGAGUUUAACGUAACUAGUGCUGUUUUCUGGGAACAGCGAGACCUGGUUUAUGGGGACUGGAGCAGUGGGGCUAAUGGGGAUGGUUGCUAUGAACAAUACUCUGAGAUUCAAGUACCAGAGGGUGUCCAGAAUAAUGGAACCUUCUAUAUUCAUGUUUAUCUCACCAAGAGUGGCUUCCAUCCAGAUCCAAGUCAGAAAGCACUAUACAGGAGGCUGGCUACUCUGCACACAUCUCGCAUGCUUAAUAAAUACAAACGGCGACGAUUUCUGAAGACCAAAAAUCUUUUGACUGGGGAGACAGAGGCUGAUCCAGAGAUGAUCAAGAGAGCUGAGGACUUUGGUCCUGUUGAAAUUAUUUCUCAUUGGCAUCCAAAUCUAACAAUAAACAUAGUUGAUGACCACACUCCUUGGGUGCAAGGCAGUGUUCCACCACCUCUGGACCAAUAUGUGAAAUUUGAUGCAGUCAGUGGUGAUUACUACCCCAUCCUAUAUUUUAAUGACUACUGGAACCUGCAGAAAGAUUACAUUCCAAUUAACACAAGUGUGUCUGCAUUGCCUCUGCGGAUAACUUUCUGUCCCCUGUCCUUGUGGCGGUGGCAGCUGUAUGCAGCACAGAGCUCCCGUAGCCCCUGGAAUUUUCUAGGAGAAGAGCUGUAUGAACAAUCUGAUGAGGAGCAGGACUCUGUUAAGGUAGCGCUUCUGGAAACCAAUCCAUAUCUCCUGGCUUUAACCAUCACAGUGUCCAUCGUACACAGUGUCUUUGAGUUUCUCGCCUUCAAGAAUGACAUUCAGUUUUGGAAUAGUCGUCAGUCUUUGGAAGGUCUCUCCGUGCGCUCCGUUAUUUUUGGGGUGUUCCAGUCUUUGGUUGUCCUACUCUAUAUUUUGGACAAUGAAACAAACUUUGUGGUGCAGGUCAGCGUUGGUAUUGGUCUGCUCAUCGAUUUUUGGAAGAUCACAAAAGUUAUGGAUGUCAAGUUGGACAGACAGAACAAAGUGGCUGGCAUCUUCCCUAGGCUGACGGUGAAAGACAAAUCCACUUAUGUUGAGUCAUCUACAAAGGUCUAUGAUGGUUUGGCUUUUAGGUACCUGUCAUGGAUCCUGUUCCCAUUACUGGGGUGCUAUGCUGUGUACAGCCUAUUGUAUGUGGAACACAAGGGCUGGUAUUCCUGGGUACUCGGUAUGUUGUAUGGAUUUCUCCUCACAUUUGGGUUUAUCACUAUGACCCCCCAGCUGUUUAUUAACUACAAGCUGAAGUCUGUGGCCCACCUCCCAUGGAGGAUGUUGACAUACAAAGCCCUGAAUACCUUCAUUGAUGACCUGUUUGCUUUUGUCAUCAAAAUGCCCAUGAUGUACAGGAUUGGCUGCCUGCGAGAUGAUGUGGUGUUCUUUAUAUAUUUGUACCAGCGUUGGAUUUAUAGGGUGGAUCCCACACGGGUAAAUGAGUUUGGAACCAGCGGAGAAGCACCAACUCCUCUUCCUGCCCAGGAUGGACCUGCAUCUCUUACACAUGGCCAAGAAGUCAGUGCCCCACUCAAACCAGAGGAAGAUAAAAAGAAGGACUGAUUUGCUUCCUGGUUUCCCAAAUACCCAUUUGAACUGUUCUGCCCCCUUUUGGGGGGUAUAUUGGCUGCUGUUUUAUAUAUAAAACCCCUCCUUACCCUACUCCUUUGUUGAGAUGGCGUAUCCCUUUUUACGUUAAUGUGUAUAUGGAACUGGUAAGGUUUUGUCUUUUCUCUGCCCCCUCUUUCCGUUUGCCUCUCUGUCAACUCUGUUUCUAUGUCCUCUUAUCUUUCUCCUUUCUGUCCUUUCUGUCUAGCUCUCUUCUUUUCCACUUCUCUCCAUGAUUCAGCUGUGCCGUAUCUCCAUGCUCUCUUUUUUUUUUUCCCCCUCCUUUCUACACUGCUCUAGUGCAGGAUCAAAAUGUGCUAUUCAGGUUUAAUAAAUAUGGCCUCUCUUUAAUGAUCGGCUGCUGUUUGUGCAGCAGUCUUGAUCUUCAGAUUUCAAACUUACUGAACAAAUGCCCUAGGUGCUGUCUCACCACCUCCCACUUGAUCAGUGUGCCUGGUUGUGCUUCUAGCCCUCAUAGGGUUUUACUUCAAAUUUUGUUAACGUCGAAAGUGGGCUGUGUCCUCUGUAUUGGCAGUUCCAUCUCUGUAAACAGCACUGCCGUCUGUGUGUGUCAUGUGUCUCAGGUUUUUCUCAUCUGUGUACAAUAAUUUAUAAUGUAACUGAUAGAAUAUGUGUUAUAAAACAUUUUCUAGAAGCCAGAGAUAAUUCAAGGGGGAUCUGUUUCAGUUUGUUUGGAUAUUAUGGGUAGGGGGCCACUGACGUGCCACUUAACCAUGCCAAAGUCUAAUUUAAAUUACCAGCCAUAAUUUCUUUUUUUUUUUUUUUUUUAACGGAAAGGGAAGAAAUAUAGGCAUUGCUGGAUCCCUUCUGGCACCAUAUUUGACCCCCUGCUUUGGCAAUUUGCUUUCUUUGGUACAAAGGAAUCUGGGAAUAAGAAAUUGCAAAUAAAGCUGUUUCUUUCCCUUUAAA